CCAAAUCCGGACAUAGGUGAAAAACCGGAGUUGGUAUCGUCAUGAAAACCCAAACAGACCCGUUGAAGGCGUAAUUCGAAGAAUGGCUGUGCCGAACUCGCCGUCCUCUCCACUUUCUAGAGAUGAAUCUUCAUCACCUUCAAAACUAGAAUCGUCUGAAUCAUUGGCGUCGAUUGCACAGAAUCUUCAACGUACGGUCCUUCAAUCCUCUCCCAUUCGCGCUGCUCGUUCUCUGGGACAUAACUCUUCUACCCAUAUCCGUUCCUUGCAGACCGUCUCGCAGGAUAUAUUUCCAGAAGUUAUAUCACAGUACAGAACUUAUGAAGAUGCUUUCAUCAAUAAAGUUAAAGAGGGGUUGAUGGUUGCCAGGGAACAGCCGACCAUAGUUAUUGGGUUUGCACUUGCUGCUACCCUUGUUAUGCGCGCUCCAAGGAGGUUUUUAUUUCGUCAUACAUUAGGUCGACUCCAAAGCGAGGAGGCACAGUAUGCCAGUGCUGAGAAGAAUGUGAGGGAUUUGAACCUCUCAGUAGAUUUAAUGAGGAAGGAGAGCAAAAAAUUGCUCGAAAGGACAGCUCUUGCUGAGAAGGAUAUGAGAUAUGGGCAUAAUGAACUCGUGAGCUCGGGAGCCCAAAUUCAACAUCUUGCAAAAUCAAUUUACAAGGUUGAAGCCAAAGCUGCCGAUCUCACGGAUGGGCUCCGGCAUAUACCCAGUCGGGAAGCUCUGGCACUUCGAGCAGAGGUUGCUUCCUUAGCAUCGAUUUUGAAGCGGCAGAGACUUGUGCUUCACAGACGGACAAUGAAGAUCUCCGAGUUAGGGGUUCCUGUGUGAAUUAGUAGACAAAUAUAUUGGGCUGUUGCUUGAUGACAUCUAUCUUCUUUUUGGACUUUUCAUCAUUGACUAAUAAUAAGGGAUAUUCUCCCUUUUAGGAGGCGGAUUACUGCAAUAAGGGAGAUUUGGAAAUUUUUCGGGGGUGUAACGAUGCAACAAUUUAGGCUUGUUCGAUCAGUUAUGGAGAACUGCUUCCCCCCCCCCCCCAAAAAAAAACCCCACCCC